AUGUUGUUCGUACAGCCGAGCCUAAUUGGUGGGUUAGGUCGAUCUAGCUGGAAAACGAUACGAAGUUCGAAUUUUUUUGUGUUGCAGCAGAGAGGACAGCAGCAACAAAUCAAUAAUCGAAAACGAAGUUAUGUGCCAGAGUAUCGUAUUAUUACUAGGCGUUUUCCGCAUUAUCGAGUUUCAGAAAAUAAUGAUGAAGUUCAAAUACAAGAAGCUUUCGAUAUUCUGCAAAACGAAGUUUUGCCAGAAGUUGAAGGAAAAAAGACAGCAAAGAAGAUAUUAAAGCAACUCAAAGCGUGGAGAGAAGAAAAUGUAACUCCUUUUGAAGAAGAUGGAUACACGACUGAUGCAUCCAUCACCGCUGACGAAUGGAAUUCAUCAGGAGAAGUGGAUGAACACCAUAGUGGUGGCGGCGGGGGUAAUAGUAAUAAUAAUGGCGUUGCUUCUUCAUCGUCUGAUUCAGAGUAUUCUCAUAGUGAAAGCUCUUCCGAAGGAGUUGUUCCUACGGAUCACCCCGUAGAUCCAACAGAGGCACCAGGUUCAAUAGAGGGAUGGACAUCAUUUGGAAAUAUAAUUGUUGAAAUGUUGCUCGGAUUGCUUGAAGGCCCAGCUAUCCCUUCAAAUAACCUGAAUAAUAGCGAUGUUAACAUAAAGAACAAUAAUUCAUCAUCAAAUAAGGCUUCGUCGAAUAACAAGAAUUUGACCAUAACCGAUAUUCCAUUGCAGUUUAUUGAUUUAUUGACGUAUCCGGAUGUGGAUCCGACUGCUACCAAGAAAGCUUCGUUUGCUGUAUUACGAGAGAUCGCUUUUGUAAAACAGCGACGAAAAGUGUUACUAGGUUUGACGCUAUCGAUGUUUGUCAUACGAUUAUGCUCGUGGGAUCUGUUCUUCGUUUUAUUGUUUGCUGCGAAUUGUGCUAUGCUAUUUCUAAUGAAAAAUUCUGGUAAAGUUAAUGUGACGAUGGCAAAAAGAGCUGUACGUCAACGCAUUGGCUGGGCAAAACAAUGGGCUGGAGCUCUACUACGUAAAAGAGGUGGAAAUGUGAACAAUGUCGUGGGUAUAGCAAGUAUUACUAAUGGCAAUACGUCAAGCCCUAUCACAGGCGGCGGGAUCAAUAACAACAACAAUAACAAAUCUAGUGCAAGUCCCACAUCAAAAAAUAUUCCUCUUACGCCUUCAUCCCCCGCAGCAAUACCAAAAGCAGUUGCCAACGAGCCAAUUCAGAGCGGAAGCCUUAGCGACACUACACAUGGCGGAAUAGUUGAUCCGAAAAUGAUCACGAUUCGUCGUGGAGGUUUCUUCCGUAGACAACAUAAUAACAACGCUUACAAUAUUAACCUUAAUAGCAGUAAUAAUCAAGCUGGUUCCGGUGGAAUGCCAAAAGCUGCUAAUGCUAAUCUAUCGGACGCUUUACCAUCACCGUUGUAUCUAUCACACAACAGUAACAAUGGAUCAAAAGUUUCCUUGGCUUCCUCGGCGACAAUUAUGGUGCCCGUACAACCUUCAUCUUCAAACACAACUACUACAACAGCAAUGGGGCCAGCGACUUCGUCUAGUUCGAACAGUCAUCAUCCUUCAGUUAUGGCGUUAGGAACAACACCGCAAUCAUUUCAACCUCACCAUUCUAUGAUGAAUGAAAUACAAAAUACUGCUUCUAAUUCCAAAAAACGAUUUUUUAAAGGACGUGCGCAUGCGACAAAUAACAACAAUAAUAUCAAUGUUAAUAACAAUGCCCCCACAUAUCCCUCAAUACCUCCAUCGUUGCCAGAAAUUCCCAUUAUUCAUUGUCUUGAUGAUAAUUCAAAUGAUAACCAUACAAUGGAACCCUAUGAUUUCCGGAUAAACAGUAACAGCAAUACCCCAAAAGCACCAUCGUACACUCCUAGCACUAGCAACAAUAGUCCGCAUAUAAAAUCUUCAACUUUUCCCCCAUUACAAGGCAACAACAACAAUAGUAAUAGUAGUUAUGCGAAUGGGAGGUCGUCGUUGGAUGAAAAUUCCAACGAUUCUUAUGACUCUCAUCAUUCGUUGGUAGAUGAGUCCCGGCCAAGAAAGGCAAGGUCUCUAAUAUCAAAAUCAAAUAUUAAUAACGGUGGUGGUGGUAAUGGUCAUCAUAAACACUCUAGCGCCAGUUCAGUAACCGGGCUAGACUUGACAAUGCAUGAAAACAAAAACAUUGAAUAG